GGCCUGGGACAUGAUGAUGGGCAGCGACGUGAGGGUCCUGUCGAACGCGGUGAUGGAGCGUUUGUUGCCGACGCUGGAGAAAGAUCUUGUCCCCAAACUGAAGAGCAAGAAAAACGACAGGAAACGACUGUGGUUCAGCACGGUGGAGGCGGCCUACGUGUUGGUGCAGGAGACUCUUCUGGAGGGUUUGUCGAGUCUGAAGGACGAGCUGAGAAGAUCCCUGAGGCAGAAGGAAGUCCAGAUCCACUCAGACAUGGACCAGAUCCAGAGGAGCAAAGAAGAACUGCAGCAGAAGGUCCAAGCGCUGGUCUGGGGUCCGGCUGAGGGCCUCUGUGCUCUGAAGGUGGAGCCGGACCUGAGUUCGGUCCUGGACGAGAUCCUGGAGCCGGUGAGUCGAGGCUUCGCACACGGACGAGACGCGUGUGCAGGGGCCAUGGACCGAGUCAAGGAAGGACUGCUCCAGAGAGAGGACCGCGACACACUACAAGAGGUGCUGCGCUCCCUGUCGGGUCCUGUCUUGUCUGGGGGGUUUCAGGUGGUCGAGUCUCUGGACGAGCGACUCCAGCGACUCAGAGAAAGAUUCGGAUUCAAGAACGUGACCGGACUCGUCCACAGCGUCCAGAUCGACCUGCAGCAGUUGGUGGAAAACGCCGCUUUCACGUUCGAGAUUCUUUUGUCCAAAGUUCUGGAGGAACAUCAGGAGAAAGUCGCUCCGGCCGUCGACAAAGUCCGACACCGAGUCCUGAAGCAAUUUGACUACGACUCGAGUUCCCUGAGGAAGAAAAUCUGUGACGAGGCUCUGGUCCAGAUCACACUGCCCUACCUCAAGGAACAGCUGCAGGAGCAACACCGGCAGGUCCAGAAGCUGCAGUUCGACCACAGCGACUUCAUCGACAUCGAGAACAUCUACGAAGACGUUCUACUCAGUGUUCUCCAGAAAGAGGUCUCCAAAGUUGUGAAGGAGGCGGUGAGUUUGCAGAAGUACAAUCUGUUCAGCGACAGCAGAGAUCUUCUCCUGAGCCGCUCCAGCGUGUCGUCCAUCGGAUCCGCGCCCGCCAGCCCCGCCCUCUCACUCGCAUCAUCGCCCCGUGCGCCCUCAAGCCCCGCCCCCGUGAGCGCGCCGCACACGCCCACCGCGACCCAGGAAGUGCGGAGCGACGCGGAUCCGGCGAGCGUCCAAACUGCGGAGACCAACGGCGACAAAAUGACCACGAGUGGAGAAAGUGUCGUGAACGGAUGUCAGGAUGCUCAGGUCACUCAGGUCACUCAGGUCGCUCAGGACGCUCAGGUCUCUCAGGUCUCUCAGGUCACUCAGGUCGCUCAGGUCGCUCAGGACGCUCAGGUCGCUCAGGUCACUCAGGUCACUCAGGUCGCUCAGGUCGCUCAGGUCUCUCAGGUCGCUCAGGUCGCUCAGGUCGCUCAGGUCGCUCAGGUCGCUCAGGUCGCUCAGGUCGCUCAGGUCUCUCAGGUCGCUCAGGUCUCUCAGGACGCUCAGGUCGCUCAGGUCGCUCAGGACGCUCAGGUCGCUCAGGACGCUCAGGUCGCUCAGGUCGCUCAGGACGCUCAGGUCGCUCAGGUCGCUCAGGUCGCUCAGGUCGCUCAGGUCGCUCAGGACGCUCAGGUCGCUCAGGACGCUCAGGUCGCUCAGGACGCUCAGGACGCUCAGGUCGCUCAGGUCGCUCAGGUCGUGGUGGAUGAGAUCCGAGACAUUUUAGAAAAACCGGGAAAUGAAACCCGAGUGGAUCCUCAGGACAAAGAAGGAAACCAAAGUGCGGGGGGAGAAUCCGAGGAUCAGGAGCCGUCGAGCAACGCACGUCCGGCGGGAAACAGCCACACGUCCGACCCGGGACAGAAGCUUCAGGAACCCGCCGAGGUCACCGCUGGAGCAGGAGACGCAGCGCAAACAUCUGAACUUCACGAUGACGUUUUUGAGCAGAAAGAAGAAGAAACGACGGAGGAUCAAAAAGAGGAAGUAACCACCAAAGAAGAGACGCUCGAAGUGAAGACGGAGACGAACCCGGAAUCACAAAGUCCAGGAGGGAAAGAAACUUCGGAAAAUCAGGGAGACGAGAAACUGGAGACGAAAGACGAAGCGGAAAAAGAAACGUCCGAAGACGCAGAGACGAAAAGCGACGUUUGUGAAACUCCUGAAACGGGAAACGCAGAGAGACAGGAAGGACAGGUGCAGGAAGGACAGGUGCAGGAAGGACAGGUGCAGGAGGGACAGGUGCAGGAGGGACAGGUGCAGGAGGGACAGGGACAGGUGCAGGAGGGACAGGUGCAGGAGGGACAGGUGCAGGAGGGACAGGCGGCGGGCGAGGAGGAGGAGGACGGCGACGACGAAGGCUCCACCACGUCAGACGUCCUGGAGGAAAACAGCCAAUCACAGCUCAGCUCUGAGGAGGACGACCAAUCAGAGGAGAGGAGCCGCACGGCGCCGGAGACCAGUGAAGAGCUGCUCCAGACUCCACCAGAGCGCCCCCUGGAGGAGGGAGAGGAAGAGAAGCCCCUCCUGGAGGAGGGAGAGCGCCCCCCGGAGGCAGGAGAGCGCCCCAAGGAGGACCAAGAGGAAAGAAAGCACCUCCUGGAGGGAGAGCGCCCCCUGGAGGAGGGAGAGCGCCCCCUGGACUGUAUCAGGGCGAUCCGGGAGCUGGUGCAGGAGGUGAUCGAGGUGGAAGACCUGGUCCACAGAUACCCCUCAGGAGUCCCUGUGGAACCUGGACCAGAACUGGACCAGGACUGAGCCAGGACCAGAGCUCGGGUCUGUGGGACUUGGAGCUGAUUAAAUAUGAUUUUAUUUUAGAUUAAAAUUUAUUUAAAUAAAUCCAUUUAUCUGCUUUUUUUAAACUCGAUUUAAACACCUGCCUCAGGACACAGCGCCCCCUGGUGCCCCUACUGCCCCUAC